AUGAGUUAUUCCGUUCGAUACACUUUUCUAUUAACCACUCAAAUUUUAUUAAUAAUAGCCGAUGUUUUAUUAAAUUCAUUAUCAGAAUUUACCAGAUUAAAACCAGAAUUGCAGCUAGUUGCGUUUAUAUUUCAAGAUGUUUUCAUAGUUAUUUCACUGACUGUAACAUUGAUAGGUUUUUUUUCCACAUACGUGUUCCAAGCUGGUCUUGUUGAACUUCUUUUUGAUAGAUUUCGGCUAGCAAUACUUAUAUCAGUUUUUUAUUUUAUCAUAACUAUAAUUUUACAUGCUUGGUUAUUAACAAUUAGAUGGAAUAAUCCAAAUAAUUUUAAUUGGACAGAUGGAUUAACGAUAUUUUUUUCUUGCCAAAGAAUGUUUUCUCCAAUAUAUUAUUAUUCGACAAAAAGAGCCAUGUUAAGAAUAAGCGAUCCAAGAUUUUAUCAAAGUUUAGAUUGGAUAAGUCGUCAUAUUUUAGAUAAAACGUGA